CCAUAAUAACUGUUGAAUCAUAGGCCAAAUCACAAUUAGGCAUAAUCAAUUGUAGUUUUUGUUGAAUGCUGUGAAAUCAAAGGAUACAAAAAAAGGUUUGUUAAGAAGAAAAAAGAGCAAAAAAAGGUGAAGAUAAAAUGGUUCUAUCACACAUCCAAACACCAGAGGAGACAGAAGCCCAUGUUAUUAGCUCAGUGUUUGCUUCAAGAUAUGCUCAUGAACCUCUUCCAAGGUAUAAGAUGCCUAAGAAGUCAAUUCCAAAAGAUGUGGCCUACCAAAUAAUACACGAUGAGCUGAUGCUGGACGGAAACCCAAGGCUGAAUUUGGCAUCCUUUGUGACAACUUGGAUGGAACCUGAAUGUGAUAAGCUCAUGUCUGAAGCCAUCAACAAGAACUAUGUUGACAUGGAUGAGUAUCCUGUCACCACUGAGCUUCAGAAUAGGUGUGUGAAUAUGAUAGGAAAAAUGUUUCAUGCACCAUCAUCAAAAGGCAAACAUGGAGUAGCAGUAGGAGUGGCAACAGUGGGAUCAUCAGAAGCGAUAAUGUUAGCUGGAUUAGCUUUCAAGAAGAAAUGGCAAAACAAGAGAAAGGCUGAAGGAAAGCCUUUUGACAGACCUAAUAUUGUAACUGGUGCAAAUGUUCAAGUAUGCUGGGAAAAAUUCGCAAGGUACUUUGAUGUGGAGCUGAAAGAGGUGAAGCUCAGUGAAAGGUGCUAUGUGAUGGACCCUGUCAAAGCUGUAGAAAUGGUAGAUGAGAAUACCAUAUGUGUGGCUGCCAUUCUAGGCUCCACCCUCAAUGGCGAGUUUGAAGAUGUCAAGCUCUUGAACGAUCUUCUCGCUGGCAAAAACAAGAAAACAGGGUGGAACACUCCCAUACACGUAGAUGCAGCAAGUGGAGGAUUUGUGGCUCCAUUUGUAUACCCUGAACUUAAAUGGGAUUUUAGGUUACCAUUAGUGAAGAGUAUAAAUGUCAGCGGACAUAAGUACGGAUUGGUUUAUGCCGGAGUCGGAUGGGUCAUAUGGAGGAGCAAACAAGAUCUCCCCGAGGAGCUUGUCUUCCACAUUAACUACCUUGGUGCUGAUCAACCUACUUUUACCCUAAACUUCUCCAAAGGUGCAAGUCAAAUAGUUGCACAAUAUUAUCAGUUUCUAAGGCUGGGAUUUGAGGGGUACAAACAUGUCAUCGAGAACUGCAUAGAAAAUGCAAGAACACUUCGAAAAGGAUUGGAGAAGAUGGGGCGAUUCGACAUUGUCUCAAAAGAGCAAGGGAUACCUCUAGUGGCCUUUGCCUUCAGAGAUGAGAAUAAAAGCCUGGCAUAUGACCUGUCAAAAGCCCUGAGGCACUAUGGUUGGAUUGUACCAGCAUACACAAUGCCUGCCAACAUCGAGCAUAUCACAAUCCUUCGAGUAGUGGUCCGAGAAGAUUUUGGUAGGCAAAUGGUUGACAAGCUACUCUCACACAUAAAGCAGGCACUAACUGAACUACCAGAUACUGUUCCAAGGAUAACCUUCACAGUGGAAGUCAAACCAAGUGAAAGUGAUAAAGAUGCUGAUGCAGGAUCUUUGCACAUACCAGAAACGUCGGUCCACUGGAAGAAAGAUAAAGACCACGUAAUUCAUAAGGAAGUAAGAGUGACUGGCGGGAAGACUAAGGGUGUCUGUUAACUUCAAAGUUCCAGGUUAAACUUGAUUAGUCAUAAAUCAAUAAUGUAAUGUAAAAAAAUAAUUUAUAUUUCUGAAUAUAGAUUCUCUAUCAAAAGAGUAGAGUUCAGCAAAUCUGUAGUCCGUCGAAUGUAAAAAGAUCCAAAAAUACAUGGAAAUAAGAAAAGACAUCAUCGCCUUUUCUUCACA